AUGGCGCUUCGUCCGUCCACUGCUCCACAGCGUGUCCCACUGCCUUCUCCUCCUGCUUCCUCUCUUCCUGCUCUUGCUGACCCUGGGUCAGACUCUCUUCGUGCUACCAGUCCUACUGUCACGCGUCUCCUGGCUACUGUUGUCACUGACCCUUCCUUUGAGUCUGCUGCUGCGUCUGCCUUAGUUGCUGAGCUUGUCGAGCAGGAGGAGUUUGAGUGCUUUGCUGCCGCUUUGCCCCAUCUCGUGUCCAUGCUUGUUGCCCUUGAGGGAGACCCGGAUGCACCAGACAUCCCGACCCCACGCUCUUACGCAGAGGCGAUGGCCGGUCCCUACUCCUCUCAGUGGCAGUCAGCCAUGGACACAGAGAUGGCUUCCUGGAAGUCCACAGGCACCUACGUCGACGAGGUUCCCCCACCUGGGGCUAACAUCGUCAGUGGCAUGUGGAUUUUCAGGGUGAAGCGGCCGCCGGGCUCUCCGCCUGUCUUCAAGGCGCGUUACGUUGCACGAGGCUUCAGUCAGCGAGAGGGAGUUGACUUCUUCCAGACCUUCUCCCCGACCCUGAAGAUGACCACUCUUCGGGUUCUGCUGCACGUCCCCGCUCAGCGUGACUACGUGCUCCACUCGCUUGACUUCAGCACUGCUUUCCUACAGGGCAGCCUGCACGAGGAGAUCUGGCUGCGUCGUCCACCUGGCUUCACUGGGUCGUUCCCUCCUGGUACCCAGUGGAGCCUCCGACGGCCAGUCUACGGUCUCCGCCAGGCGCCUCGUGAGUGGCACGACACACUGAGGACUACGCUUGCGGCUCUUGGGUUCGCGCCUUCUACUGCUGACCCGUCGCUGUUUCUACGCACCGACACCUCACUGCCGCCGUUCUACGUCCUUGUGUACGUCGACGACUUGGUCUUUGCUACUGCUGACACUGUGGCACUCGCCCACGUGAAGUCGGAGCUGCAGAAGAGACACACGUGCACAGACCUGGGUGAACUGACAAGCUAUCUUGGCUUGCGGAUCACCCGGGAUAGAGCACGCCGCACCAUCACCUUGACUCAGUCACACAUGGUGCAGCAGGUCCUUCAGCGCUUCCGCUUCACGUACUCCUCGCCUCAGCCCACUCCUCUGCCUACCGGUCACUCGCUCUCAGCUCUGCCUUCGGAUGAGUCCGUAGAGCCGAAUGGCCCGUAUCCAGAGCUUGUGGGUUGCCUCAUGUACCUGAUGACCUGCACUCGACCAGACCUUGCAUACCCUCUCAGCAUUCUUGCACGCUAG